GAAGCUUCUUACCCCCACCCCAAAGCAAGAACCCACCCCCCUUCGGUGAGGCCGAGCGACCCCGUCGGAGCUAAGAGACAGUGAUUCCUGAUCCAAUUUCUUCUUCUUCUUUGCAAAAUUCCUUCUCCGAAUCCUUUUCUUGCGAUCUUCUGCGUUCUUUGGAAGUAAAGAUUGAUUUCUGAGCCCCCCCUCCCCCCCCAAAAAAGUUCUUUUUCGUAGAGAAACAGAGAUCCGGGACCCGUUUUUUUUUCCCUUUAGUUUUUUCUGUUCUUAGAUUUGCCAAGACCAAGAGGGUUUGUUUUUCUAUACCCUCAGAUUGGUCUUCUGUUCUCUUUUUCUCUCUCUUUUAUUUUAAGCCUUUGUUUGAUCAAAAGAUCCACCUUUUUAGCUCAGCCUCUUUCUUUAGGUCCUCCUUUGAAGUCCCUUUUGCCUGUUCCUUGGUUUUGUUCAAAAGCCAGACGGGUUUUCCCUCAUCUUUUUGUUCUGCUUUAGCUAAAGCUUUGGUUUUGCUUUGAAGAGAAGCCAUGACUGCAGCUAUAGAUAUAUUUAAUUGCUUAUCAGACCCUCUAAGGGAGGAGCUCAUGCAAGCACUCGAGCCUUUUAUCAAAGGUGUUUCCGCCGCCUCCUCUUCUUAUAGUUCCUCCUCGCAUACCACCACCCCAGUGUCCCCCUCCCCUUCUUCUUCUCCCUCCCCUCCUCCUUUUCUUUCUUCCUACUACUCCUCUCCAUUCUCAUUCUCUUAUUCCUAUCAAAAUCCCACCUUGGAUUUCUCCCUGGCUUCGACAUCAAGCUCCGACAUGAUCCCCCAAGGCUUCCUGAUCCAGGAGUCCCAGAGCUUCAGCCGGCCGGGCCCGAUCGGGCUCAACUAUCUCAGCUCUCCUCAAAUCCAUCAGAUGCAAGUUGGAUUCCAGCACCAGAAUCCGAGGCAGUUGCAGCAGCAAAGGAGCCUCCUUGGCACGAGGCCCCAGCUGAUGAAGCGCACCGGCUCGCCGCUCCCUCCGUCGAAGCCCGCCAAGCUCUACCGUGGGGUCCGGCAGCGCCACUGGGGCAAAUGGGUGGCUGAGAUCCGGCUGCCCAGGAACCGCACCCGCCUCUGGCUUGGCACCUUCGACACCGCCAAGGAGGCUGCGCUGGCUUACGACCGUGCUGCCUACAAGCUCCGAGGCGAUGCCGCGAGGCUCAACUUCCCCGAACUCCGGUGCAGCGGAGCUCAUUUAAGUGUUCCUCUCCACUCCUCUGUUGAUGCCAAGCUCCAAUCUAUCUGCCAGAGCUUGGCCAGUUCCAAGAAACAGGGGAAUGGCUUAUCCGGUUCAGUGAUCCCAGAGGAGAUUGGCCCAAAGAGCGAAUUGGGUUGCUCUGGAACGGACGACAACAAGUCGGAGAGCUCAUCGUCGGAUGAGUCAUCUUCAGGAUCCUUGGCAGUCUCCGAGAUGCAGUACCUGGACUUCACGGAGGCGCCAUGGGAUGAAUCAGAGAGCUUCAUGCUGACAAAGUAUCCAUCUUGGGACAUCGAUUGGGAAUCGAUUCUCUCCUCCGAUCAGUAGUCUUUAAUUCUUAGUUUCUGGUUUGGUAAUUGGUCUCUUCUGGGGCUGCUGCAAAUGGGAUUUUAGACAUUUGCAACGCUCCAGUUGAGACUUCUGGUAUUUUGGAGAUUAUUGGGUUAAGUUAGUAAGGUUUCUUAGGUUUAAGGAUUGAGUCAGUGGAUGUGUAUUUACUUAGUCCGAAUCUCCUGGUUUGCUGGUUUUUUCUAGGCAUUACCAGGAACAAAGUUGUCGUCUUUGUGAUUGGAAUUGUGAACGUUAUGGUAGCUUUGUAACUAUUGAAGCUUUGUGAUUAUUAAUAUGUUCUCGAAUUUUGGUGUGGAGGUGAUGAAUCUUGAAGGUCAAGACUUUUUGCAGAGCUUCAGUUGAUCUAUUUAUUUAUUUAUGUGUA